GGCAGAGACAGGUCAAGGCAAUACAAAUAUUAGCCAAUAAUAUCAUUAAUAAUCAUAUUAUAGUUUUUCAUUGGUCAUUGAGUGAAUCGUUUUGUCUAACCUAGCAAACGUAUUACGCCAACGGUGAAGCUCCAGUUCAUACUGAAUUGUGAUAACAAGCAUCUAGGUUCUACGACUGUUGUUGAUUUAUCAGUUGAUUGACUUCACAGUUGUGUUAAAAAACCGAAAUCUAAUAAAACCGAGUUAUUUUACACAUCAUAUUAUUUGUUAUGUGGACUGUCUACGCAGUUAUUACUGCUUAACGGGAACUUAACUAAAUUUCGGACUACAUACCUAAUGGCUCAUACAACUGUACAACAACCAAAUAACCCUUAUGUAAACGGUCGGCUUGUAAGGAGGAGUUCACAGGACUUAGGAUUACAGGUUGUGGUUUAUGAAGGUUAUUACGAAUUUCUGAGGCGUUAUACACUUGGUGAACGCUUUGGAUCUGGGGGUUUUGGCCAUGUCCAUCGUGCUAGGCGUACGUCUGAUAAUAAAGAAGUUGUAGUUAAAGAAGUUCGCUCAGACAAAGUUCCUUGCUGGUGUUUGUUGGACAAUCAAUUAAUGCCAAUUGAAGUUGUACUUCUUGUUAUGUGUCAAGGUUUACCUGGAAUAGUUCGUCUGUUGGAUGCUUUUAAUUUUGGUCAAUCUUGGGCAAUUGUUAUGGAUCAAGUAUCUAAUACAACAUGUGAUAUGUUUGAUUAUAUUGGUGAACGAGGUACACUGUCCGAGAGUGAAGCUGCAUUUUAUUUUCAUCAACUCACUGGUAUAUUAUUAUCUUGUCAUAAAGUUGGUGUAUUACAUCGUGAUAUAAAAGAUGAAAAUAUUUUGAUUAAUCGGACAACAAAUGAAUUAGUACUUAUUGAUUUUGGUUCUGGUGCAUUUCUUGAAUCACGUUUGUAUACAGAUUUUGAUGGCACUCGUGUUUAUAGUCCACCUGAAUGGAUUUUGAAUAGUCGAUAUCACGGGAAACAGGCAGAAGUAUGGUCAUUGGGUGUACUACUUUAUGAUAUGUUAUGCGGUGAUAUUCCUUUCGUAAAUGAUAAGGGUAUUAUUGGAGGAAAGUUACGUUAUCGUAGAGACAAUUUAAGUGAAGCAGCAAAACAUCUGAUUGCAAGCUGUUUAAAUAUGGAUCCGUCUAAACGUCCAUCAUUAUUGGAAAUUCUGCAGCACCCGUGGAUGCAAGCACAUAGACCACAAGCCGGCACUCAAAUUCCACCAGCUUUUCAAAUAGCUUUAGAUGCUUUAGAAAAUGCAUUGGCUACGCGUGAAUCAAGUUCCGAUAAUAAUUCCAAUGUGACUAACGCAUCUGAUUCACAAAAUUCUUCUGGAACGCAAAACUCAAACUUGUCGAAUCAAAUGGCAUCUGGUUUUGCGUAUUCUUGUUCCUUUACGAACCCUUCAUCUUCCGGUAUUUGUAAUAACCAUAGAAACAAAUCAACUGAUAAUGUGAAUCAUUCACAUAUUGCUAUGAAUUCCAGUUUUAAUUCAUGCGAUAUGAAAAACCAAUCUGGCAUUAAUUUACAUAUCCCAAAUGAUACCAAUGAGUCGGUAAGAUCAAGUAAUGACUACGCCUUUCAAACCAUUCAUACUGGUGAUGGAUAUCCUCAAUCUUCCGUAUGUGGUGUGUCACCUAAGCAUGAAACACUGUGGUCUAUUCCUAAUACAAAGGUUAAUGAACGGUCAGGUUUUAUCGUUCAAACUCAUCCUACAGAUAAUCGGCUUUCAUGUCAGCAAACAUCAUGUCCAGAAAUUUUGCCACGCCUCCAUUCCAAUGGAUCUGACUCAAGUUCUGGUUACUACUCACGCUCCGACUCUUUAUCUUCAAAUGAAGGAAAACAACUUAUUUUGGCUGUAAAUGCUAACAAUUUACGUACAUGUUCAACUGCAAGUCAUGCAGCAUCUGUUAUGUCUGUUACUAAGCUUGUUUCAACAGCUGCUAGUAAUAGAUCUCCUUGUUCAACUGCAGUGUCAUCCUCACAUUCCCAAAUCCAAAAUACAGAACUUCCUGUUCAUUUACAUUAUUGGCGUUCAGGUAGUUCAAGUACAACAUCAUCUGAUUCAUCGUCAUCUUAUUCAUCAACUAAAUCUAAUUCCCUUGAUAAACAACUUCGACCAACUAGUGAAAAUGCAACUAUGAAUGUUUAUCCUUCGGUUUAUCUCACUCCCCAAUCAGAUUCUAUGAAUUUGUUCCCUUGGCCUGCACUCCUUAAUUCAACUAAAACAACACCUCAAGUCUAUUCAACUCCUGUAACUCAUUCGAAUAACACAUCAUGUUCAGGUGUUGCAUCUUAUUCUUCAAAUACAAAUGUUACAAAUAAUCCUAAUUCAGAUGUAACAGACACUUUAAGUAGUCUGCUAUCCUCAUCAGCUUCAGAGCUAAAUUCUCCUUUAUCAGUUCGGGAAUGGUUUAUAGGAGGCAAUGUCGGUAUGGAUCAUGUAUGA